AUGGUGACAGAAACUUUCACUCUGAUACCUGGAAUAGGGUGCAAUGUUGGAGACAGAAUUGAAUGUGGGGGCCACUUUGGAACAAUCAAGUAUAUAGGGCCUGUUGAUGGCCAUCAUGGCAUUUGGUUAGGAGUAGAUUGGGAUGAGCAAGAAAGAGGAAAACAUAAUGGGACAAUAAAUGGAAAGCACUAUUUUGACACAAGAUACUCUACAUCUGGGUCAUUUUUGAGAAAAGAGAAAGUCAAAUCUGGAAGAUGUUUGAUUGAAGCCAUUAAAGCAAGAUAUGGUUUCAAAGAAAGUGAAACAACAGCAAAGAAAAACAGAGAGGAAAUGAUGAAAUUCCAGCAACAAAUAAAUGCACCUUUUCUAGAAUUUGUAGGGUUUGAAAAGGUGGCAAAUAAACAAAGGGAGUUUAGAUUUUUAGAAGUGGUUAAUGUUCGACUUGAAAAUAUUAAUUCAGCUGGGUCUCCAUAUGAAUUAGGACAAUUGUUUCCUAAUAUACGUGAAAUUGAUUUGUCUAAAAACUUGCUAUCAUCUUGGAAUGAGAUUUUCACUAUUUGUUCUCAAUUCAAGCGCUUAUAUUGGUUAAAUGUCAGUGAAAAUAUUUUGGAGCUGCCUGAAAACUUGGAAAAAUAUACAUUUCCAAAUAUAUCAAUAUUAGUCUGUGGAUACAUGAACCUAACCUGGCAAGACAUUAACAAGUUAUCAAAAAUUUUCCCUAAUGUAGAAGAGCUAAGGGUGCCUUUUAAUAAUAUAUCUGAUCUAUCAACUCCCUCAGAUCAUAAUUUCAUAAAGUUGAAAUAUUUGGAUCUGGAAGGUAAUGAUAUUAAACUUUGGUCAGAAAUUGAAAAGCUGUCUGUGAUAAAAGAAUUGGACCAUUUGACAAUUGAGAAUAUUGGACUGAAUGAAAUUUGCUUCAAGGAAAAUUCAAUACCAAUUAAUGAGUUCAAAAAUCUCAGGAAUCUCAAUAUAAGCCAUAAUACAAUUGUUGAGUGGAGGUCUAUAGCAGAACUGAAUAAAUUAGAAAAACUAGAGCACCUCAGGUUCACUAAGAACCCAAUAUUGGAAAGUGAGAACUUUGCUACUAGAGAGCAAAUUAUAAUAGCAAAAAUUAAGAAUUUGAAAUCUUUGAGUGGACGCAUAAUUUUGGAAGAAGAAAGAAGAGGAGCAGAAUAUGAUUAUGUUAAAAAGUAUGCUCUCAUUUGGUUAAAACUCCAAACCACUGAAGAAAAAGAAACCUUUGUAUUGGAACAUAACAGAUUUUUAGAGCUGAUAGGCAAAUAUGGUUUACCAGAUGAAUCGGAGUUAGUCAUUCAACCAAACAUUAUCAACAGUUCCUUGAUCAACUUGAAUAUCAGCUACAAUGGACAAAUAAUCACAAAAAAAUUGCCGCCCUCCAUUUUGAUCCAGAAGAUAGUGAUGAUGGUCCAGAAAUUAUUCAAAUUGCAAGAUCGUCCCAUUUUGACCUACGUCAGUGGAUCAAAAAGUCAUAUAAGGAUUGAUUUGAUUGAUGAUAUGAAGGAGUUGGGAUAUUAUUCUAUUCAAGAAGGAGAUAUGAUUAUUGUGAAUAUGGCUUAA